CUGUCACUCUCUGUUUCUCAUCGACUUUUCUCUCUGAACUUAAUUUUUUCCCUCUACUCUCUCUUCCCCUUUCAGUUUUUUCUCCCUUUCUCCAUUGGCCGGACCCCCUUUUAUACUAGAAAGAAAAAGAAACCCAAACCCUUCACACUAAUCUCAAAUCCUAAUCUCAAAUUAUAGAUAAAAUCUAAUCCUAUUCGGAAUUGAAAUCCAAAAACCCAACUAGAAAUCUGUAUAACUUCUUCUUUUAAGGUUAAAUUCAUACCUUUGUGCAUUAGAGUUCCAUUCCAAAUCGAAUUCAGACUCUUCUUCCUUGCAAUGGGUCCUAUCUAAUUCCCUCGAUUGGCUGACCUUAGCUUCGAAAAUCUCUCCAUUUGAUGUCGUGAUUCAACCAAACUCAAGUGGGAUUUGAGAUAAAAUCAAGAGGGAAUCGAGAGAAGAGGCAGUAGACUUUAGGAGACAACCGAACGAAUGAAUCCGAGGACGUGGCAGAUGCCAUGCACUUGUGAGUGGGUCUCACAAAUGCACAAGGCUCAGAACUUAUCCAAUUCACAUCUGAUACCACAAAAAAUCUGAAGAUCAAAUUUUGAAACUUCUCUGAUAUCAUAAAAUCUCCAAUCACAAUCUAGCUUACAAUAUCAUCCUUUACAUCUAAAAUCCAUAUUCAAUUACAAGAUGGCUAGCCUUCUAACUCGUCACUCCCCUCGGUUUCCCCAUCCUCGGUAUCGCUUCCUGAAAUGGUGGACAAAGAAAACUAUGAGAUAACUCAGUAAGUAAAUAUGGAUAGCCCUUGAGUAAAACUUUUAAGCAUGCCAGAUAAACCAUGUAAACAUAGCAAAACUUUCAUUGAUAAACCAUUAAUGCGGAAAUCAAAUUCGGUUCAAUAGCAAAACAUUCAAUGACAAAACCAUCAAUGCAAAAAUCAGAUUCAAUUCAAUGACCAAACGUUUCCUGACAAACCGUUAAUGCGGAAAAAAACUCAGUUCAGUAAUCUCAUCUAUAAGUCAUGGCCAGUGUUAUAACAACCCACUGGCAAGCGACAGAAAUUUGCCAAUGUAUUCGCCCAGUGGCAGGCGUCGGAAUUUGCCAAUGUAUUCGCCCAGUGGCAGGCGUCAUAUCAGUAAACAUGUCGACAUGUGCUAGCGUUACACCCACUAGCGGGGAUCGGAAGUGCUACACACCCACUAGUGGGGAUCGGAAAUCAUGAUCAUAUCAGAGACAAAACCAUGCAGGAUUCACAAUCAAAAUCCUUAAUUCAC